AUGUUCGGCGCUGCUGUGCGCAGUGGGAAGGCCGCGAUGCGGCUCACGAGACCGGACGACACAGACUACCAGGCCAUGCUGGACGGAGAGGCAGGAGUAGUAGAGCCUCACCAGCAGCAGGCAUCGAUAAUCCGCCGCAAUGAUGCAGCAGCAGCAGCAGCGGCCUCCUCUGCUGCUGGCGGACCGGCGGACCCAGCAGCAGCAGACGGGGCGGGGGCGGAUAAGGGGAGGAAGUCGAAGCUCUACAGCGUGGCCGGGUACAUCAUCGUGACGGAGUUCUGCGAGAGGCUCGCGUACUACGGCUUCUCAGGGUCCCUUGUGCUACUCUUCGAGAAGGAGCUCGGGUACACCAACGCUGAGUCCGACACCCAGUUCGCCCUCUGGUCCGGCGUGUGCUACGUCAUGCCCCUGUUCGGCGGCUGGAUCGCCGAUAGCUACCUGGCCACAUGA